AUAUAACAAAUGCAAUAUAUAAUCAAGACAUUAAAUAAUAAAAUACAAAUUAUGCAUGGAGAAUUUUAGAAAAAUGCAUUGUAUGACGCGUUCCACAGAUGGCGUGUUAACCACAAUCUUCUACAUAUAUGUAUACAUAUAAAAGCUGAUAAGUCUCGUGAACUUUUAAGAAAACUAUAAGUCAUACUGUAACCACGAGGUGUCUACGCAAAGCUCUCGAUGCAAAGAGUUACAUAAAAAUAAUAUAAUAUAAUUUUGAAGAAGGUCUCUCUCGAGUUCUCCUUGAGUUUAAUUCUAGGAUGUUCUUCAGUUUUCCCUCCAUUUUCUUUCGGUUCUCACUCACACGUUAUUCUACUAAGAGUAGGCAAUGUUGCAUCGAAACGUACGAGCGUGAUGAUUCUGUUUUGUCACACGACUGUUUAUAAUAUUGUCUCCAUGACAAGAGGUAACAACAUUUGUCACUUUUGUGAAACGCUUACUCGUGAAUGCUAAAAGCGAUGCCAGAAACUGCAAUCAUCCUGAAAAAUACAUGUUCCCUGAGCGCUUCGAGGAGCCCCAGGGAAGAAUUCAAUCAUUUCCGCGGAGAGAAGAGAUUGGCACGAUGCAUGCAACAUAAAUUUCAAAAGUAUUCUCAACUCCCUAUAAGAUGUCAACGACCCGGUUCUUACUAUCGUCCACCGAAGACUUCCUUCAGACUGACCGGUUUGUCAACGAUAAAUCGUACAUCUUCGAUUAACACGGCGAAAAGUUGUCCGGACAGUUCAACAUGUAACUCCAUAUUUUGCAUGGUCGGUUCACCAUGUUGUAGGAAAAGCUUAUCCAUGAAUGAUCUGUCACCGUCGAUGAUGGAGGUAGAGAACGCUGACUUUAGAUCGAAUAGCAGUUCGAUCGCGGAAAGAACCGAAGAAAGCGAUAGGAUUAAAGAUACUAACGACGUUGGAAUCAGUGUCGGUAUUAAAAAUUGGAUGGAGGGAUUCGUAUGCGAGGAACCGGAUUCACGGUUCUACCAAAAUCCAGAGAAAGCUGCGAGUUUGGUGUGUCAUAUGCUUAUGCUGAAUGCUUGGAGGCGCAAGCGUAAAGAAAUUUUGGAAUUUCGUCGGACGAUCGAUAAUUUAAAUCAACAAGUGAAAAAUCUACAGCUGCAGAUCAUCGUAUUGCGUCGAUUGUCCGACGCGGAAAAUAGCCGUGUCAGCAAACUGACCAACGAAGUUCGUUAUGUUAGGACGCAGCUCAACGAAACGUUGAAAGAAAAGGAUGUAUUAAAAACGGAGACCGGGGAAAUGGAGGGAGAGAUCAAGCGUCUGAGCGAGUUAUCCGAGGAGCGGUUGGUCGAGAAAGAAAACGUGCGAAAUGAAUUGCUUACCGUCCAAGCUCAACUGCAGGCACUCGACGAGCAGAUGUCGAAGGAUCGAGAAAAGCUGUUGAAAUUGCGCGAAGAUAAGAGGAUACUUCUUGAAAAGGUAACAGCUAGCGAAACUCUAGCCGUUGAACGGGGAUCGAGAGCGGAUAAAGCAGAACAAGCUGUGGAGGACUUGCAAGUCAAGUUAGCAACUCAGAUUGGUCUCGUUGAAUCUUUGAAGCAACAAAUACAACAAUAUGCAAAGGAACUGAAGACCAAAGAAGAUGAAAAAUCAAGGUUGGAGAAACGCUUAAAAUCGUCCGAAGAGUCGGGGAGAUCCCUACACUUGCGCACGGUUUUCCUGGAAGCCCAACUAGCCGACCGAGAAACAGCCUUGCGACGUGUGGAGACAUCGUGCAGUUCGCAAUUAGCGGAAUUAAACGAAUUGAGAGAACGUCUAAUACGACAGUCUCAAGAGGGGGGUUGGAGUAGUAGGAUGCUUCAAAUCGCUGGUAGCGUUGUACGUGCACCUAGAGCUAUUUUACGUACCUUGUUAUCAACGACAGGUCCAGUGUUGACUCCUUAAAAGAAACUGCCAGGUGAGCGUUUAAUUUUUUUCACUUCAAGUUUCUUACAGUUGAAACAAAGAGUUUGAAAAGUAAGACUUCGGGUUCAGUGGGAACAAUUGUUUGACGAAAAAGAGUGGUGUUGGUAGAAAAGGAUGCUUACGUUGGCUAUGAGCAACUGCGCUCCGAAGGACGCAGUGGACGGACGAGCAAAUAGCGGGCACUUAUGCCCGCCGAUGGCUAAUCAAUUUUUCAGUUUGAAAAUAUUGAACCUCUUUCGGUCUCUGUCACCUUGUUGUUGCACGUAUUGUGCACGCCCGUGACAUUGAUCUCUUGGGGCACUUGAUCUACCCUCCACUGUUGAUACGAGAUGUGAAAGGGAAAGUUGUAUGCGAUCGCGAAGAUAAAAAAUUGAAGGAGACAGUUUCUAAGCGAUAGCAAAUUCAUGAGUACUUUUAUUACAAAAAUUAUAAAUUUUUUUUUAUUUUAUUUAUUUAUUUAUAUUUUUUUUAUUCCAUAUACUUUCUGAUACGAUUGUCUUUAUUUCAAAUUGAAAAAAUAUUUAGUGAUCCCAUAGAACAGACAUAUUAGAUAUACCAGCGAUUGAAAUGUUACGCGAUAAAGGGAUAAAUAAAUAAAUAUAGAUAUUGUUUUACUUUUUUAAUCUA